AUGGAGACUCUGCGGCGGUUAUACGGACGACCGGAAUUGCUGGAGAAGAACCUGUUGGGAAAAGUUCGUCGCCUAGAACCACCGAAACCAGAACGACUCGAUACGUUGAUAAACUUCGGCAUGGCUGUCCAGCAGUUAUGUGACCACCUUGAGGCUGUAUUAUCACGGCAAUCAGAAUGUAAGUCGCGAUUCCACUGCAGUGUUGGAGAUUGUCGUCAGCGACACCACCCCCUACUGCAUCCAAUUGAAUCGAGUCCUGCCACCAGAGCGCAAGUUCAAGCGCACACCAGUGUGCGUAGAUCUGUGUUAUUCCGUAUAGUGCCGAUCACAUUGUACUACGGUGAUCGAAGCUUUGACACGUAUGGAUUUCUGGAUGAAGGAUCUUCUUUUGCCUUGGUAGAAGUUAGCGUUGCACACAAGCUCGGAGUCGUGGGAGUGCCUGAACCAUUGGAGUUAGCAUGGACAUCAAAUGUGGUUCGCAAAGAAAAGUCAUCGCUGCGAAUCGACUUGAUGAAUUCGGGACGAGGAGAAACCGAACGCUUCAAAUUGUCAUCGGCACAUACCGUGAAUGCCCUGAGCCUGCCUAAACAGAGCUUGCCGUUCCACGAAAUGGCAGAAAGGUUAACACACCUUCAUGAUCUACCAAUACUCUCAUAUGUGGACGCUGAACCGAAAGAACUGAUCGGGCUGCAGAACUUGGAGCUCUUCGUACCAUUGGAGAAUCGCAUUGGUCAACCUGGCGAGCCUAUAGCAGAGACCAAUCGUUUUGUAGGGCACGUACGCAGGUACGAUGGAGAUCGGGAGCUUAACGAAAUAAUACGUCAGCGAUUCGCUCUCGAAGACAUUGAGGCAUGUGCUAUGCUACUAGAGUCAGCUAAGGUGAAGCGAGCUCGAGAGUUACUGGAGCAAACUACAUCGCGAAAGGAUUGUAGAUUUGUCACUGGAUUGUUGUGGAAGGAAGACCACGUACGGCUCCCAAAUAGUCUACCGAUGGCGUUGAGGAGGAUGAAAAGCCUCGAAGCGAAGUUGGCAAGAGAUCCAGACCUGCGAGACAACGUGCACCAUCAGAUCCAAGAAUACAUCGAAAAAUACUAUGCACUAGCUGUGGCUGAUCCUAAUAGGAUAUGGUACCUUCCUCUCAACGUGGUAACGCAUCCGAAGAAGCCUGAAAAGAAGCGACUGGUGUGGGACGCAGCGGCACAAGUAAAUGGCGUGUCACUUAAUUCCCUGCUACUAAAGGGGCCGGACCUACUAGUUCAGUUGUUACAUGUGAUCAGUAAGUUCCGGGAACGGCGCGUUGGAUUUGGCGGCGAUAUCGAGAAGAUGUUCCACCAGCUUACAAUGAUCCCUGCAGACAUGCAUUCGCAACGAUUCCUGUUUCGUUUCCCCAGUCGACCUCUGGAUACCUACCUGAUGACGUUCGCUACCUUUGGGAGCAACAUGCUCUCCAUGCUCCGCGCAGUACGUGAUGCAGCAGAAGCUAUAAAGCAGAAAACCUAUAUGGACGAUUACUUCGACAGCGCGGAUACGUCUCAAGAAGCAGCUGAACGAGCUCAACAAGUGAAGUUCAUCCAUUCGCAAGCUGGGUUCAACAUGCGUAGCUGGGUCAGCAAUAGUGUUGAAGUGUUGCACAGUCUGGGAGAAACCCCCAAACAAUCACUGCGGCCGCUGUCUAGCAAUCAAAGCGAGGAUCGAGAACGCGUUCUUGGUAUGCUCUGGGAUCCGAUCAACGACUGCUUCCUGUUCUCCGACAACUGGCAGGAAGAAUUGACUCCGUACGUAUGUGAAAACCGUCGGCCAACCAAACGAAUAGCACUGCGCUGUAUUAUGAGUCUCUUUGACCCAUUGGGGCUCAUGGCACCACUCCUCAUACACGGACGAAUGCUGAUUCAGGACAUGUGGCGUUCAGGAAUGGCGUGGGAUGAAGACGUACCGGAUGAAGUAAUUAGAAAAUGGCAGCAAUGGACUGGGCUGCUCCCAAUGGCAUACCAACUGAAGAUCCCGAGAUGCUACUUCGGAGACGCAGACCCGUGCUCAUAUCGAACUCUGCAGCUACACGUGUUCAUGUUCACAGAUGCGAGCGAAAAUGGAUUUGGAUGUGCUGCUUACUUCAGAAUAGUCGAGAAGCAAGGUAGCGCCUUUGAAAUACCAAUCUAUUGCACGGUUGGAACUACAGGGGCACUUAUAGGCGCGCGGUUGAUGAAUAGUGUUUGCGAAAGCCAUACGCUGAAGAUCGACCAGAAAUUUUUGUGGACUGAUUCCAGCACCGUUCUUGCCUGGAUUCGUUCCGAACACCGGAGAUACAAACAAUACGUUGCACACAGAUUUGGAGAGAUACUGACGCUGUCGGAACCGGAAAACUGGCGAUGGGUACCAUCGAAAGAGAACGUGGCAAACUGCUUGACCAAGUGGACUAAAGACACAGAACCGAGCUAUAGCGGUAAAUGGUUGAAUGGCCCUUCGUUCCUGUAUCACCUGGAAAGAGAAUGGCCGGAACAGCGACAUUCAGCAGAAACCAACGAAGAACUCAGAAGUCACGUGCUGUUGCACCGUGUUACUAUACCCAAGAAUCUUGUGGAGGCUGGCCGAAUCCCGAAAUGGAAUGUGUUAGUGCGAACGAUUGCAUUUGUCCAUCGCUUCAUCACUAACUGUAGACGUCGCCUGCAGGGUCAUCCGAUAGAAACAGUUGGGGCAACGGCUGCCCAGGAGAAACUGCUCAUCAAGCCGAUACCUGCGAAGUUGAUACCGCUAUGCCAACAGGAGUAUGUGAAGGCGGAAAUGUGCUUGUGGCCCGAUGCUCAAAGUGAGUCCUAUCCCGACGAAAUGCGAGUGUUGCUGAACAAUUGGAACAAACCAACGGAAGAGCUACUCAACGUAGAAAAAUCAAGCGUACGUGAAGCCGUUUAG